AUGUGGGCACAUGGUUUUCAAGAACUGACCAUGCAUGCAAUAGGAACAGAUGUCCACCGAGUACUCUGCAAUAUCCAGAAAGAUGCUUCGUCAUACAGAGUAUUUGUUGUGUUAAGCAGAGAUAGGAUCAUUAUCGAUGGGAAAUCAGAUCAUGCAUCAGGACAUUUGACGACAAGAUGCAACAUUACAAUAAUCAAUGCCGGCACUUUGUUUAGGAAGACUGUUUGUGUGGACCUUGGUGCAUCGGUAUUCAAACGUUGUGUUGAUAGGAUAUACCUUGAUAGUCUUAUGGUAUGGCAUGUGUUGAGCAACAAUGUGAGAAGCAAAAGCGCAUCCCCCUUCCCACGAAUUGAAGAUACUUCUCGAGACUUGCUUUUACUCGUACCCAAGGAGUUAUUGUUUAUCUUGCUUGGUUUCUCCAAGGGUCUUCCUAGACCCAACGGAGACUUUGAGCUAAUCUCCCCAAGGACCCAAGGAGAAAGUAAAAAAGCUUGGAAUGAAGAGAACUGCCUCGGAUCAGUUGAUUGA